UACACACGUACACGUACAACCAUGGCCAGCGGGUUACGCGUUGCGGCGCUCUGCGCCCUCCUCCUCUGCGCCUUCGCCGCGGCAGCCGUCGUCUACGCCGUGCUCCUGCUCUCGGUCUCCGCGAGCCCAUGCGCCUUCUCCUCGAUGUCAAGAACGCUCCUCGCCGUCACCGGCCUCGACUCGUACAUCGUCCCCUGCGCAGACGUCGAGGCCUCGGCUGGAGAAUUACUGUCGUCCAACGACGGCGGCGACGCCAAGACAAUCACCACCGGAGGGCGGCCGAUUGUCACCGACGUCCUAUGCGGUAAACCCAACCUUCCCCCGAACGCGCUCCCGCCCUACCACUGCUGCCCGCCAGUGCCCGCGUCGGAGCCAGUCGACUUCAAGCUCCCGGACCCGAGCGAGCCGCUCCGGACGCGGCGGCCGGCGCACGCAGCCGGCUCCGGCGCGGAGGAGCAGCACAUGGCCAAGUACGAGCGCGCCAUCGCGUUGAUGAAGGCGCUGCCCCGCAGCGACCCGCGCAGCUUCUUCCAGCAGGCGAACGUGCACUGCGCCUACUGCACCGGCGCGUACCGGCAGGCCGGCUACCCGGGGCUGCCCGUGCAGAUACACUUCUCGUGGCUCUUCUUCCCGUACCACCGCGCCUACCUCUACUUCUUCGAGCGCAUCGCCGGGAAGCUGCUCGGCGACCCGGGGUUCGCGCUCCCGUUCUGGAGCUGGGACGUGCCGGAGGGGAUGCGGAUGCCUCUGGCGUUUGCCAACGCGUCGUCGCCGCUGUACGACCCGUUACGGAAUGCGAACCACGUGCCGCACAAGCUUGUGGACCUCGACUUCAUGGGUGCGGAGAAAAACUACACCGACGAACAGCAGAUCGUCCACAACCUCAGGAUCAUGUACAAGCAGAUGAUUAGCAGUGCGUCUUUGGCCUCCUUGUUCCUUGGUCAACCAUAUCGUGCAGGUGAGUCCGACAAGCCAGGUGCUGGAACAAUGGAGGUGUACCCGCACAACACGUUGCACGUGUGGUCCGGUGACAUAUCUCACCCCAACAAUGAGGAUAUGGGUGAUAACUAUUCUGCUGGCCGUGACCCACUCUUCUAUGUCCAUCAUGCUAACGUGGAUCGUCUGUGGGAAGCCUGGCGCCAUAUCCGCAACAACAGCUUCCAUGUUGACUUCACUGAUCCUGAUUGGCUCGAUUCCUCCUUCCUCUUCUACGACGAGGAGGCUCGCCUUGUGCGCAUCACCGUUCGUGACAUUCUUGACAUAGAGAAGCUUAGAUAUGCAUAUGAUGGGGUUGACCUGCCAUGGCUCAAUGCACGGCCACCCAUUACUCCCAACGUGAACUUAAGAAAUGGUGGCACAUCACCAGGGUUUAUUAGGUUUCCUAUCUACCUUAACAUGGCGCUGACUACAGAAGUGAGGCGGCCACAUGUGCUGCAUAACUUGCCAAAGAAAAUGAUUCAAGAUGAGGUGCUAGUGGUUGAGCAUAUUGAGACCGAUGGCACAAGUAUCGUCAAGUUUGACGUGUUUGUCAACGCUAGAGAGUAUGAGAAGGUCAAUCCUAGUGGGCGGGAGAUGGCCGGGAGUUUUGUGUGCAUGAAGCAUAAUGAUAAUGAUGACAACUUGAUUAGUAAAGGAGUGAAUACCACAAUGAGAUUGGCAUUGGAUGAGAUCUUGGAGGACCUAGGAGCCAAGGAAGACGCCACUGUUACUGUGAGUUUAGUGCCAAGACAUGGAAAGGUUAAAAUUGGAGGACUGCGAAUAGAUUAUAUCGUGGGCGAGUGACAAUAUGGCAUAUUGGCAUGUGUGAACAUCGGCCAUCACUUAGUGCAUACAUAUUGAGUAAUCAUACUAAUAACCCAUGCAGUUUGGAUGAUUAGAAAUUGAGAUCCGUCUCUAUUUUCUUUAAAAAAAAGAACUGUAUUCAUUGUAUAUGUAUGUGUACAACAUUCAUAUGUGUGAGAUCUACAACGAGGUAGGAGAAAAUGUCAGAUGGCGUGAUGGGAUUCUCUCUUCACACUUCUCUAGUAAUGAAGGCGUUGUCGAAAACCUCUCUCUCAUUAAGGUUAGGUCAUUCACAGGAAGUGGUCGUAAAACUUGUUCAGCUUCAAAAGAACGAUUGGCUUAGAGAUACAAGAGGCAAGUCAUUUUUGGCUUUAUA